CGAAUCCCACAAUGCAUUGCACUGCCCACGUAUGCAAACAGCAACAUGGCUGCCGGUGUUUGACAGAGCAAUAGUUCAUUUUCUUUAUUUCUGUUGGCCUGACAGCCCUUUAAAGUCGCCCCAUCACACUAUCUUAACAUCUGAGAGGAAAGUAAAACGUGUGUGGUGUAUUUUGCCGCAUCUUCUGACAUUGUUGCUCGCCAACCCAACAGUGAAUCAACAUGGCCAGUCCAAGAUCAAGAAGAGUUUUGAAGGAAGUCAGAACGCAAGAUGAAAAUAAUUUGUGCUUUGAGUGUGGGGCGUUCAACCCGCAGUGGGUUAGUGUGACCUAUGGAAUCUGGAUAUGUCUGGAAUGCUCUGGAAAACACAGAGGCUUGGGGGUACAUCUCAGUUUUGUACGUUCUGUCACUAUGGACAAGUGGAAAGAUAUUGAGCUUGAGAAGAUGAAAGCGGGAGGGAAUGGCAAAUUUCGUUUGUUUCUCGAACUCCAAGAUGAUUACAAUCCCAACUGGAAUUUACAGGAGAAGUAUAACAGCCGAGCUGCUGCGCUAUUCAGGGACAAGGUUGCCACCGAAGCAGAGGGCAAGGAGUGGUCAAUUGAAACAUCAUCUGCCAAAAAUUGGGCAUCACCUCAACCCAAAAGCAGCCUUUCAUCCUCUCACCGUUCCGGGGGUUCUGGAGUGAACUCCGCCACAUCUGGUGAUAAAGCAUUUGAAGACUGGCUGAGUGAUGACGUCAACUCUUAUCAGAGUGGAAGUGGUUACAGUGGGAAUCAAGAGAAUCGCUAUGUUGGCUUUGGCAACACAGUGACCCCUGAAAAGAAGGAAGAUGACUUCAUAAACAAUGCCAUGACCUCCAUUUAUUCAGGUUGGAGCAAUUUCACUGUUGGGGCCACCAAAUUUGCUUCCAUAGCAAAAGAUAAUACAACAAAAUUGGCAAAUCAAGCAACUUUGAAGGCCACAGAGUUAGGACACACAAUAAAUGAAAGUGUUAUCAAACCUACCCAAGAAAAGGUGAAAGAUGGCAAAUUGCUAGAUGAAAUGACAGUCGGCAUCUCUGAGUUGGCAAACAAGGUGCAGGGAGCUGGUGCCAAAUUGACCAAUCUUUUCUCGGGAAAACCAGAAGACGGGGCCGCUGGAGAUAGCUACCAGAACAUGGAUGCUACCGAGGGAUAUCAGGGUAGUUCCACCCAGGCUCCCUCAAAGGACUUCUGGGAAACAUUUGGUAGCAACAGCUCCCUAAAAGCAAAGAAAUCCCCAAGCAGUGACAGCUGGACCAUUGCAGAUAAUUCUGCAAAGAAGAGCUCUGACAGUUGGGACAAUUGGGGCUCAGAUGCGGCGUCCAACAACAAACACAGCACAGAGGAGAGCUGGGAGGCCUGGGACAACAACUGGGAGAAAGCAGAUGGCAAGACCAAAAAGAGUCCGACGAAACCUGCCGAGGAAGCCUGGGGGAAUGCAGACUGGUAAUCAUCUCACCAACCCUUUGCCUCUUUUUCACUCAUCAUCCCACCAGCACUGGGAAGGAGGUGUUUUGCCCAACACUUCCUGUCAGUCCAUUCUAAUGCUCUACGUUAAACACGUGCCCAAGGUUUACAUUAACUGCAUGAUAAGUCUUAUUCAUAAAAAUGACAACUAUAUUGACUCGGACUUGUUUUAUAUGGCCCCGAGGACAAAAAAUAAUCAGUGUAUAUCAGAUUCCAAUUGACUACUCCAUGACAGAAAGUGGUAUCGGCCCCGUUGCUAAAUAAGUCAAUGUUCAUCCUGUAUACUUGUUACAUUAUAAUAUUGCUGCUCAUUUCACUUCUAAAAGAAAAUGACGCAUGAGAUACUGUUGGUACUGUAAAUCAUUGUAAAUACAGAAUGGCUAGUGCUAUUCUUGAUCUUGUGGUCACCCGCACUGAUAGUGUGCAUAAAUGAAUCAGUGAAAAAAUGCAAAUUUGCUGUCACGGAUUUGUCUAUUUGCACCUAUCCUUAUUCCCUGCAGGACACUUAAUGCCUGGUUUUGUGAUCAGGCGCCAUCUAGUGGCGACUGAAGUAUGUUGACGUGAGCUGAGGAGUUUCAUUUAGACAUAAAUUGUUGCCAUCUUAUGGCAAUGAGACAAUUAAAACGAUGCAUCCAGAGACGGACGGAUGAUCCGCGUUAUAAUCAUUAAAACACAUUUAUUUACACAUAUGGUAAACAAACAAUGUUUUUGGUGCUUUUCUGGGAAGACAAAUGCUUUGUGCAAGAUAUCUACUUUUUUUUAAUCCACCUUUGAGUCGUAUUUGAUGAAGAAAACCUUAUUCUAUUCCGUUUCUACCUCAAAGAAAUUACUAUACAAUAUGCGAUAUGUCUUUCUUUGUUGUGUCCGCAUUAUGAUGGUGAUUUCAUCUUAUGUUAAAACAAGACAAAAGGAAUGGCAGCAACUUUAAAUUGCCUCACUGUCAGUAGAGUACUAUGAUAUAAAAAAAAAAAAAAAACACACACACUCCAAGAACAGUUGUCCUGUAUCCUGAUGUGUUAAAGCCUUAAACCCCUCUUUGCUCAUGUCAGCUUGUUGUGACUUUGUUCAUGUGAUGCCGUGAGUUUUACAUGUUUGUAAAUGGAAAAUCUCAUAUUAUGCGUGUUUGUAAAUUGUCACUUCCGAGCUCUUCGAGGACUCUGUUCCUCCCCGUGUCAUGACAGCAUGAUAUAUACACACCAUAAUAUUCUUUUAAAAACAUUAUUCUCCAAUAUCUUGCUGGGGUAAGUCGCUGAAUGCUAAACAAAAUGCAUCCAGGUGCUGACACAAACACGAGACAAAAUUGAUUCUGCUCUAUAAUCUUAACCUAACUCUACAUUAAAAAAAAAAACUGCUCAGCAGCUGUGCCUGUAAAACAUUGCAAUUAUGCUAUGUUAAUGUUUCUCAUGACAGAUGUUAUUUUUGAUGUUAUGCAUGAGAUCUGUAGUGUGAAAAUUAAAACAUUCAGCUGUUAAAUCCUCAAAAUCUUCAGUCUAUUCAAGUGCGGUUCUGUCAAGUUGCUCCCUUCCAAGUUUCACCAGCAGCAAUCCCAUGAGGCAAGCCUGUGUUACAGGCCACAGACUGUGGAUAUUUAACCUGUAUACAUGAUCUCUGUGUUGAAUAAAUUGGGUUGUACAUUCA